AUGUUCUCCCUCGCUCAGAUCUUCGUUGCCCUAUCCUGCACCAUCGGAUACACCCUCGCUGCGCCUACUCCUCAGUCCACCUCGGCUUCGAGCCACUCGGGAGACCUCACCUACUACCAGCCCGGGCUCGGAGCCUGCGGCGAGACCAACUCGGAUAGCGAGCAUGUCGUCGCCCUCUCGGUCGCCGACUACGACGGAAACUGCGGCAAGACCAUCCAGAUCAACAAGGAUGGCAAGACGGCCUCGGCCCUGGUCGCAGACAAGUGCAUGGGCUGCGCCGCGGGCUCCAUCGACGUCUCGUCCACCGUCUUCGAGUCGCUGGCCGACUUGUCCGAGGGACGAGUCAAGGUUACAUGGACGAUAUCGUAA